AUGGCCGAGAAUCUGGAAGUACACAAGAAGGGCAGCGGAUCGGAGGCAGCGAACUACCACCCCAUCUCCCUGCUGUCAGAGGUGGGGAAGAUGCUGGAAGGCAUCCUAGCGAGGCGUCUCACGUCCCACCUCGACAGCCAGCAUCUUAGCGCCAGGCAGUUCGGGUUCAGGAAGCCUCGCUCGGCAACAGACCUCACCUAUCUGUUGUCAAACGAGUGGAGUGGUGCCCUGGACCAAGGGAGGCCCACGGGUGCCCUGGCGCUAGAUAUGGCCGGUGCUUUUGACCGUGUGUGCCACACUAGCCUGGUGGAGCGACUACACGCGGUCGGAGUGGGAGGUGCCGUGCUAGAGCUGCUGCGUGACUACCUGCACGAGCGGGAGAUGCGGGCAGUCCACAACGGGCAGCAGUCUUUUCCAGUGAAAAUAGGCGCAAGGAAAGAACAAGAGGUGACGGCCCACUUGAACACCACACUACGCCGCCUGGAGAACUGGGGGGCGCAGAUGGCAAGUCACCUUCGCUCCUUAAAAGCACAGCUGCUCGUGGUGUCCAGGUUGGCGCAGGACAUCCGCCCCACUCUCAAUGGGGCGCAACUGACGCCUCAGCAGGAGCUGCAGAUCCUGGGAGUCAUGUUUGACAGCAAGCUGACUUACCAGGCACACAUAAGGAAGCUGGCCUGCCUCAGAAGGAUGUCAGGACUCCUGGACAGCAAGGGACGGGAGAUGAUGUACAAAGCCGAGAUCCGCUCCUCUCGAGUUCUCCUCCUUUGCCUGAGACUGAGCGGCGUCCUCCCACUUCGCUGUCCUGGUCAAGAUUCAGCGAAGGGAAGAACGGCUGAUAGGGAAUGGCCUUCACGAGCAGCAGACCGGCCUCUACAGCCUGCAUAG